AUGAGAUCACACGGCCUGUCUGCCCUGCUUGCUGUCGUGCUCGCGCUCCCCUCUGUUGUGCUCGCCGGUCAGAUCCCCGUCGUGAACGGGAUUAUCGGUGAUGUACCCAAUGGCGCCACCAAGAGCGCGAAGGUCAAGCAGGCGUUCGUGAAGCAGCCAGCCACGAACGUCUCCAGUGCGAUCUCGUCCAAGCCGACAGCAGGCGCGUUGCGUGUCGUCGAGAACUCCGGUGUCUGCGAGACGACACCUGGCGUGUACCAGGCUUCGGGCUACGGAGACAUCGCGUCGGACAAAAGCAUCUUCUUCUGGUUCUUCGAAGCUCGCAACAACCCGGAUACCGCGCCCUUAAUCGCAUGGUUCAACGGAGGGCCCGGUAGCUCGAGUAUGAUUGGCCUUUUCCAAGAGCUGGGACCGUGCCGGAUCAACAACGCGAGCACGGGCGUUGAUCUCAACCCUGAAUCGUACUCUGAGUUUGCCAACGUACUCUUCAUUGACCAGCCAGUGGGCGUUGGUUUCUCGUACGGGACUACGGAAGUUGGCACGUCGCAGGAGGCUGCUUCGGAUGUCUGGGACUUCUUCCAAAUCUGGUUGAACGAUUCACGGUUUAGCAAGUUCGCUGCGCGUCCUUUCGGGAUCUGGACGGAGAGUUACGGGGGACAUUAUGGGCCUACAUUUGCUGCGUACUUCCUCGAGCAGAACGCGGGCAUCGCGAACAAGAGCAUCUCCGGCACACCCAUUAACCUCAAGUAUCUCGGCGUCGGCGAUGGUCUGACUGAUCCACUCAACCAAUACCCGGGCUAUAUCGAGUACGCCGCCUCCAACCCAUACCACGCCCUCGUGUCCACGUCCACGAUCACCCGCGCCAACACGUCGUUCCAUGCGUCAGGCGGCUGCCAGUCGCUUAUUGAGCAAUGCUACUCAACUGGCUCGACCUCUACUUGCUCCCGUGCGCAGAGCAACUGCAACAACAACAUCCUCAGUCCACUUGCGGGUAACUGGGAUGUAUACUACGUGUUGACGCAGAACCCAGACCCAUACCCGCCAUCUCUUGACCCCUACCUCUCGUCCUUCGCAGUGACCUCUAAGAUCGGUGCGCAGUCAGAGUGGUCGGAAACAAACGAUGAUGUCUAUGAGAACUUUGCGGCUACGGGCGACUGGAUGCACAACUCCCGCCCAAACCUCGAGACAGUGAUCGACUCCGGCGUCCGCACAGUUGUCUUCGAUGGCGACGCAGACUUCAUCCUGAACUUCAAGGGCGUCGAAGCGAUGGUCGACGCACUCGACACCAAGUUCACGUCUACCUUCGCGCAGCAGGGGUUCAGCAACUUCACGGUAAAGGGCGUCAGUGCGGGUUUGUUUAAGAACGCCGGAACGUUCUCGUAUGUGAGGUUCUUUGGCGCCGGACAUGAAGUGCCGGCGUAUGAGUGGCCGGGUGUUACGCGUGGAGCUGCAGCUCUUCAGAUGUUCACACAAAUCAUGUCGAACCAGUCCUUAUCGGGCACGUAA